ACGGCUGUUCGCACCUGUACGGUCUGUAGAUACAAUAGUCGUAUAUAUUCUCUGCUGUUAUAUAUAUAAAUAGCCAGUUUUUCCUCUGACCACGGGUGGGGAUUAUAAUUACGUGGACACAUAUUGCUAUUGUCGAGCGGCUUAUUGUUGGUCAACGAUCGUUGUGACGAGCUGACCGGUAGGUCUUACAAGGUUUGUUGAUGGUAACUAGGGUCACAAACACGUGAACAAUGUUAUUAUGCCUGUCAGAUCAGUGAAAGCCUUUACAGUCAUACGGCCAUAAUGGAGUACAGUGUUGUAUAGGAGGUGGUUUUUUGCCUUGAUUUCUAUGUUGAAAUAUUUCAAUGUGGACCACGGAUUACAGUGUUGUGUGUGGAUUUAUGGAUAAUUAACGAUAGUUUUACGAGUCCAGGAUGAGAGGGACUCCGAGCGACGUUACUGGAGGGGAAUUAGAUUUUUCGGAGAGUGAAAGAGUGUAUGGCAGAGGUGUCGGAUACGGCCGGAUACAAAGAUCGUCAGAGACCGAACGGAGGCAAGGUAGGAACGUGGAGAGUAUCGGCACUGUUAACUUGGAAAGGCUCCGGAGUGAAGGUUUGAGGGGCCGGGAAAGAGCCCGACAAGGUUCCAAUAUGGGUUACAGAGACACUAGGAGAGUUGAAUCCUACAGAAGCGGGGCAAUAAGGACAGUUCCAGAACGAAGAAUUGUCAACCAUACAUCACAAGGUAGGCUUGUGAAAAGGAAUUCGGACAGACGUGUUCCGGAAAACCGAAAUAUUGUUCGUAAUCCGGACAGACGUUACGUGAGCGCCUCCCCAGAACGACGCCACGUGUCGCCGUCCCCGGAGAGACGUCGUGUUUCCCCGUCUCCCGAGCGAUAUUACGUCCGGGAGACGGUUGAGACGAAACCAAAGGUUGAGACAGUUGAUAAAGAGGUGGAGACAUGUUGUUGUGGUUGUGUAGAGGUUGUGGACAGUCUUUACUGUUGUAAUGGGCUCAAAAUGCUCCGGUGCACGUGCUUAGAUUCUGCGGAUGACGAGGAAGAAACGAAGCAGACGACUGUUAAACAAACGGAACAGCCAAAGAAAAAGGACGAAGGACUACUACGGGUCUACACUAAAUCGGCCACAGCACUGUUUAACGUAAACCCUGUUCCGAAGGGAAAGUCGAUGAUGGUCCGUGUUGGAGGAGGCUGGAUGAAGGUGGAGCAUCAUCGUAACCACCAUAUACCCCUCAAAGUCUACGAGCACAACCGCGACGCAAACCGUGACAAAUUUCUCUUCAUCAAAUCCCGCUUCGCAACCAAAAAGAAAUACGUGCCAAUCGCGUACCGGAAAUACAGAGAAGAGAUUGUCCGGGAACCCUGGGACCCGUCUGUUAAACUCACUUAGAGAAUGGAUUGACGGAGUCAUGCAGAAAUUCAGCCCGAUAUCGAAAGGAGGUUGUCCGGGGUCCAUGGGACCCGUCAGUGAUACAGUACGAUAACGAAAACAACUUUUCCAGGAAUAUUGUAACCCGUCUGUUGAAUUAAUGUAGAGACUAGCUUGACGGAGCCGGAAGUAUAUCGGUGUACCAAUCACCGGAAACGGAAGUAGACUGGUGUUUCAAAUCGGCUUGCAAAGUUGUUAAGUUGCUAAAGAAUGCACGCUGAUUUCGCCAGAGUAGAUGAAAGAAUUCUGCAAUAUUUAAACUACACCAGCUACUAUAUACAGACUCAAAGUUCGGGAAUAUGCUACUCUCCGCUAACCGGAAGUGUGUAUAAAUAAGUAGUAUGCAAAACAGAUACGUCCUGAAUGACUAUUCGGAAAAUAUUACAUUGGCACAGUAAUGUAUAUUGUCUAGUCAUGAAAAGUGAUGUUCUUUUGUUCGACAGACCUGAUCCGGUUAAGGCUUUCUUUGGCGGACCAAGGUUCCGAACUUGGAACACGAGAUAGUCCGAACUUAAAUGAAGGAUUGGAUAUUAUUCGUCCUUAAACUGUAACUGCUGUGGGAAACGCACGUGCCACAGACCUACAUGUGUACAUACUGAUAUGGAUGAUUCCGUAGUAACACUCUUUUACAUAAUGUGGGUUGAUUGAUAAAAGACAACUUAUAUUUAACUCAAAAUAGUAUGAGAAUGUAUCGUGUUUCUGUGGUGUUUACCGUUAGUCAAUAUGAUAUUACGAAAAAGGAAACAAGGCUAUGUCUAGCAUAAUUUAUGAUUCUUAAACUUAUGAAAUAUAUUGAUAUAUAUACUCGACGCAACUAAUGGGUAGGUUUAGUGGCAGCACAAAUAUAUACGUACUCCAUUUCAUCAGUAUUAAUAUUAAACGGCGAAAACAUUUCAUAUAGUAGAGUUUCGUUAUUCCGGAUUCCGGAUUAUUUGAAUGUUUCACUUUCCGGAUUAAAAAAAAAUUAAUAUCACUUAUGUACAUCCACACCUCUGUAUAGAAUUGAUGAUAAAAUCAAAAUAUGUAAACUGUCAUGGAACCAGAGCUCGUUAAUCCAACCUUCUACCGCGAACUUUCCUUCAAGGUGUUCAUUUUUGCUUUACAAAGGCUUCUUUGUGUUCAUUUUCAAUGUGUCUAACAUGUAUUCUAGAUAAUUCAUGAAAAGACACUUUUCGGGAAUAUAAGAACUCUUUAAUUUUUAGAACAUAUAUUUCAUGAAAUUUAUUACUAUGUAAUUUAUUUCUGCACAAACAGCAUGCACAUCUAACAAUGAUCGAGUAAAAAGAAGGACAUAUUCGAAUCGAUAGCCACAAUAUUUUCCCUGCCAUCAAUUCUACAAAAUUCUACUAUUGUUAAUUUUAGUACAAAUGCAUUCUGUAAAUUCUUCUACAAGGAAUACAUAGCGGUCGAAAGUAUUUUUGAAUAUGGAACAUCUAAAUUCAUGUUUCAACUCAUGUCAUAAAUAAAACAACUGAUGUCGAUUUCAAGCGUUUUUUUAAUUAGUUUGCUCUCAAAAAGAGACUUAUAAGAAAACAUGUUGUCAAGAAACACUUUUAUCUACAGUUGUUUUUAAUAUCUAGCAAGUAAUCAAAUUGACAUCACAGAAGUAUUUAUUUAAGUGUCUGUCUAUCAGAAUUGAUAUUUAAUCAUCAACAAUGAAGGUCUGAAAAUGUUUGUUAGACGAUACUUAAUUGAUAAGUGAUAACUUCAAUAUACUCAGGUAACGUUAUUAUAUUACAUAUUGUUGCCCGAGUUUCCUCUGGCCCUGGCACCAUGUCUGGACAUGAUGUCAGGGCCAGAGGAAACUCGGGCUAUACGUAUUGCUGUCAUUUGUUAUUUAUAUAGAUAUCUUAACUGAAUCAAAAGCUUACCCAAUUUUAUCAUGAUUAGAUUAUGCUUAUAGUGAUAAUAAAUGUAAAAUGAAAAUUCGUA